CUGCAACCUAGCAAGGUUCAAACCAACCUAACAGGAUCAGAGUGAGAUUCAUUUUAGCAGCGGGAAAACCGGCAAUUCAUAGUCUCCCACCGGAAAAGUCCCCGCGAUGUGGAGACGUUCGCCUGCCUAUAUCCAUCUCGUCCCCCCGCAUUCCUUUCCUUCUUCUCUCGCAUACGCGCAUGUUUUCAAAAUAUCUGAACUUGACAUAUAUCGACAAUGGAAACCCUCGCCCCUCCACCAAAGCUGACCCAUCUCUUCACCCUGCGGUGUGGGGUAGACCCGCCCAUGGAGAUUGGGAAUGGCCCGUACGGUCGGCGAAGAUGCGUACCGAUUACGUCGGGGUCAGUAAGAGGACCGUACUUUAAUGGAGAGGUUGUCCCUGGCGGAGCGGAUUUCAUGCUCGUGGAGGAUAAUCAGACGACACAUGUGAACACCAACUAUGUGAUCAAAAGCGAUGACGGUGCAUUGUUGUAUAUUCGAACUGAAGGCACUCGAGCCGGACCCCCAGAGGUAUUGAAAGCGCUGAUGGAAGGGGGUCCCGUUGACCCCAGCAAAUAUUGGUUCCAUCUCCAUGUGAAGAUCGAGACGGGCCACGAGAAGUACAAGUGGAUGAAUGACCGAGUGAUUAUUGGGCGAGCUACGAGAGCCAAGGGUGAAGUGGCUUACGAUGCGUACUUCCUGGAGAAUGACCCAUGA